CAGGACGGGCAGCUGACCGUCGCGCUGGUGGACCAGCCCCGCGGCCUCGGGAGCACAGUGGGCGUGGCGGAGGUGGGCGUCGCGGGCGAGCUGCUGCUCACGAGCGCCACGGCAGGCGGCCUCUCCAUCUACGACGGCGGCGGCGAGUGCGCCCUGGGCCCGCCGGACUCCACGUUCGAGCUCCUGGCCAGCGUGGCCGAGGUCAACUCCUCCUGCCCAGGCUGCGGCGCGGUGUGCCGCGCCACGCCGAGGCACACCCCGGAGGCGGAGCUGCGCUUCCGCGCGCGCGGGGCGGCCGGGUGGCCCGCGGGGGCCGCGCGCAUCCUGCCCGCGAUCGGCGAGCUGGCGCCGGCGGAGAUGGCGCCCGUGGCCGUGCUGGCCGAGGGCGCGCUGCUGCGGUUCCGCGGGGGCGCGGGGCUCCAGGAGCUGCUUCAGCUGCGGCGGGGCGCGCUGGUGUGCCUGGUGGGGCUUCACGAGGUCGUGGGCGAGCUGGCGCGCGACGACGAGUGGCCGCUGAUCUGCCGGCCGCCGCCCCUCUGGGACGUAGAGGGCCUGCAGGUGCGGGUGCAGCUCGCGAUCAGGCACGAGGUCGUCGGCCUGGAGUUCGUCGGGGGGCCCUUCUCGCUGCAGGUCCUCGACACGCCACGAGCCACGGAGCUCGUGCCGCGUGCGGCGCCGGUGGGCGCGCGGGUGCCCGUGGCCGUCGAGCUGCGGCACGCGCCGCUGGUGAACUUGACGCUGCUGUGCGACUUCGGGCCUCUGGGGACGGUCCCGGCGCAGCUGCACGGCGGGAAGACUGCGCACUGCCUGGCCCCGGAAGCGCAGGCCACCGCGGUCGUGCCCCUCGACCUGAUCGCGGUGCUCGUGGUGCCGUCCCCUCUGCUCAUGCAGCGCGUCAGGGUGCCGGUCAGCACGGCCUUCGCGUUCGAGGCUCCCGCACGGCUGCCCUUCUUCGCUGCGGAGUCCCCGGAGUCCGCACCGUGCGGUGUGCGCAGCGUGCUCCGGUGGCGGAGCGCGGGGGAGGCGUUCCAGGCGCUGGCCACGGCCCCCUACCGCUGCGCCUGGAGCCGCACCGAGCUCGGCGACGUCACCACCUCCGCGGUGGCCUUCUCGCCGUUCGGGGCCAGCUGCCGGGUGCCGGCGUCCACGCGGCCGCGCGCGGUCUCCGUGCGGCUGGAGGACCCCACCGGCCGGACCGUGGCCGAGAUCCCGGUGUUCAAGUACUUUGCGCCUCUGAGGGGCACCUGGGUGCUGCCGGACGGUCGCCUCACGGCAGAGUCGGUGGUGCGCUUCGAGACGAACGGCGCGCAGUUCCCGUCGGUGGUGUACGGGCUCCCGCGCCCGGGAGUCAGCGUGCGGUGCCGCCUGGGCGCGCUGACGUACGAGCCAGACGAGGUGGACGUGGACGGCGUGGACUGCUCCGUGCCCGCGGUGACGUCGGGAGAGUACAGCCUCUCGCUGGUGCAGGGCGGCCACGUCUUGAGCCCAGUGCUCGUGCAGGUGGACGGGGACUCCGCGGUCCUGGAGGAGGCGGUCGCUCCGCGGCCCUCGGAGCUCCCGCUCGCGCUGCGCGCGCUGCGGCCUGCGGCCGGGCUGGUGAGCGGCGGCACGGCGGUGGUCGCGCUGCUCGAGAGCCCGUGGCCUGCCGUGCCGCUUGGGGUGCUCUGCCACUUCGGAUCGCACGUCGUGCAGGCGUCGCUCGUGGCGCCCGGCGAGGUGCACUGCCUCAGCCCCCUGGUCGCGGCCCCCGGCGUCGUGGACUUCCACCUCACGGUCGGCGGGUCGCGCCCCGCCGCGGACGCGCCCGCGGCCCUGCCCUUCGAGUUCUUCGAGCAGGCGGUGGCCGCCGUGCGGCCGGCCGCGGGUGGCGUGGAGGUGGCGCUCUCCCGGGGCGUCGUGCGGGGCCCGGCUCGCUGCCGGGUCGGCGCGCACAUGCGGCGCGGGGAGAGGCUGGACCACCGCACCAUCCGGUGCCCGCUGGCAGACUCGGAGGUGGGGCGGCUCCGCAGGGCGGGCGGCCGCGCGGCCCGCGUGCUGCGCCCCCGGGGAGGCCUCAACGCUGCCAUCGUGGGGGCCGCGAUCGCGCUGCGGAGCACCGAGACCCCGCGGUGGUAUCUGCACGUCAACGGCAGCGGCCAGCUCAGGGCGCAGCGCCUCUACGACGCCUCGGCGCUCUUCCGCGCGGUGGCCGGCGGGGGCAGCCGCGUCGCCCUCUACAGCGCGCUGCUGGGAGGUUACGCCUGCCCCGAGCCGUGCCCGCUGGACGAAGCGGCGCUGGGCCUGCCCAACGGCAGCGAGCCGCCGCCGCCGGAGGAGGCGCUGCUGGAGCUUGCGGACCUCGGGGGCCGCGAGGUGCUCGUCUUCAGCCCCGAGGUGGGGCAGUACGCGCACCUCCAGGAGGGCACCGACGAUCCUUUCUCCUGGUCCCGCGAGGGGAAUUCCCGCUUCCGCGUGGAGGUCCGCGGGGAGACCCCCGCCACGCUCGCGCUGCCCACGGAGGUGACCGAGCUCGCCGACGACCGGGUGCCGCAGGCGGUCGUCCAGAUCGCCCUGAACGACCAGGACUUCGGCAGCCCUGCCGCGGUCGAGCACGCGACGCCGCCGGUGCUGGUCGGCAGCCAGGUGUCCCUGGACGGCAGGCGCCUCCUCUUCCGCGCGGGCGGCGCCACCGACGGCGCGCUGUGCGUGGUGGGCCCGAUGGUGUUCUCGCAGGUGCAGCCUCUCCCGACCGACGCCGGCUGGGAGCGCGCCUGCGACAUCGGGGCGGCGCUGCUGGACUCGGCCAGCCUCGCGUCGCUGCCGCCGCUGGGGCUGGUGCGGUCCUCGCUGCCGAGCCCGCUGGUGCCCGUGGCGCUGCCGGCCUCCCCCGCGGCCGCGCUGCAGCUGCGGUCCACGUCGCCCGCGCAGGGGCCUCGCUCUGGGGCCACCAAGGUCACGUCGUCUGCCCGCGUGCCGGAGUUCUUCCCGGAACCGCAGCGCUUCUGGUGCAACUUCGGGCCGACGGCUCCGCCCGUCGCUGCGGAGAGGGCCAUGGGCGGGACGCUGUUUGAGCGGUUGGUCAACCAGACGGUCUCCCUGCGCAGCGUGGCCCAGAGGCUCUACGUGCACAUUCGCGACAACGCCACGGUCACCGCCGAGCGGUCGGGCGAGGAGGAGGACAGGAAGUUCGCGGUGCUGGACGGUGGCGGCGGCACCGUCGCUUUCUUCAACGCGCUGCACCAGCGUUUCUUGCAGGUCAGUGGCAGAAAUCAUGGGUCAGCCCAUUCUAAAAUCUCGCAGCUCCAGGAUCUCGCUGCGGUGCAGUUGCAAGUAAUUCCGCUUCGCGUAUCCCCACCAGCCCAUUCAGGAGCUCUGCCCAUGAGAGCUGACGGGAA